AUGAAGGCUGUCUACUUCUUCAGCGUACUCAGUGCGGCCUUGGCCUUGGCUGGCCGCACCCAUGUGAACUUCAUGGAAAAUGAUGCUCUUGCUGCUGAAGGCUUCACAAAGUUGAUGUUCCACGUGGCGAAACGUGGUCUUCCGAGCCCAGGAACUUGCACACCCGAGAAGUUGUCGGUCCGAAGGGAAUGGGCAACGCUACCCCGCGAGGAGAGGGUCGCCUACACCGAUGCCGUUAAUUGCCUGCACAAGCUGCCGGCGAGGACUCCGGCUUCUGUCGCGCCGGGCGCAAAGAGUCGCUACGACGACUUGGUCGUUACUCAUAUCCAGCAGUCGCUCUCCAUCCACGGCACCGGAAACUUCCUGUCGUGGCAUCGGUACUUCACCUGGGUCUAUGAACAGAUGCUUAGAGACGAGUGUGGUUUCCAGGGGACUUUUCCAUAUUACAACUGGGCUCAUUAUGCCGAGGACCCGAAGAGCGGUCCGUUCUUCGACGGUAGCGCUUCGAGCAUGUCUGGCGAUGGGGAGUACAUCCCCAAUCGCAACUCUUCUUGUUUUCCCUGGGACGGCGUCGCUGGCCCCUGCUACAUGCACCUCCAGCCUGGAACAGGCGGCGGUUGCGUGACUUCCGGCCCCUUCAAAGACUUCAAGAUCAACAUGGGACCACUUCAGACUAUGCUUCAGAUUCCCGGUGGUCUCUCGCCGAAUCCGCAGCCUGAUGGCCUGGGGUACAAUCCUCGCUGUCUGCGCCGCGAUAUCUCUCUGCAAGCUGCGAACGCCACGUCGGAUUCCGAGGUCGUUCGCCUUAUCAAGAACCACACGAACAUCGCGUCCUUCCAGGCCGAGUAUCAGGGUGCGUUCGCUCAGGGGCGGAUGGGAGUGCACACAGGUGGACACUACACGAUAGGCGGCGAUGCAGGGUCGGACUUCUACAACAGCCCUGCGGACCCGGCAUUCUAUCCACAUCACGGGAUGAUCGAUCGCGUCUGGUGGACCUGGCAGAACCUAGAUCUCGAAAGCCGCGGGAGGGCGGUGGCGGGCUCCGCGGGCGCUAUUGGCGACACUACGGCCACAAACGCUACGCUGGGGGACAAGCUAGUUAUAGGUCCGUAUGUUGGAUAUCCGAACGUGACUAUAGGCGAAGCUAUAAGCACGAUCGGGGGCCCGUUCUGCUACGUGUAUGCGUAA